AUGGCAGGCAAGAGAGGAGCCAGUAGUAAAGGCAAAGGGAAAGCCACCAAAAGUGCAGUCCCUGAUAUCUACCAAGACAUGCUCUCAGAAGCUCUGCCUGAACAAUUAGAUAUUACUGAACGACCAUUGAAACGACAAAAGACUGGCAGACGGCCCAGUCAAAUUGCACACAUCAGUCCAGCUCCCAGUCAACUGAAAGAUGAAGAGGAAGAAGAACUCGAAUUUGAGGAUGUGCUAGAUCUUGAAGGUGGUGAACAGGAUGUCCCAGUUAAACGACAGCAAACCGCCUACAGAGAUUCGGAUGAAGAGUCCGAGGACAGUGAUGGAGAAUGGCAGGGACUCAACCUGGACGUUGAGCCGGAAGCUGAUGAGCCAAGCGGAGACCUCGAUUUGACUCUCGUCAAGAAACCCGCACCGCAAACCAAACCGACGCUACCACGAAGAAGGCUCGUUAGCAAAGCAGAGAAGAUUGAAAGGGUGGAGAAACACAAGAUGCAUGUCUUAUGUUUGCUAUCACAUCUGGACAUGAGGAACAACUGGUGUAACGAUUCUGAUGUCAAGAAAUCGCUCAGACCACUUUUGGAUAAGCAGAUGUUGAAAUUCCUGAGACCAAAGGCCAGUCUGCCGCAAUUUGGACGGACUGAUUCAUUGAAGAGGGGGUUGGAACAGGUUUCUAUCAUGUGGAGGACGAGGUUCAAUAUCACAGCUAGGGGUCUCAAGAGAGCGCUGUGGGCAGACAAUGAGACAGACCUCCAAAACUUCAAAGUUGAAAACGGAGAAGUGUUCGAUAAAUCAGACUUUCGCGCAGCAGCGAAGACUCUGAAAGGAUCUAGAGAUCUCGGUGCACAGCUUUUUUGUGCCCUUCUGCGAAGUGCCGGCGUGGAAACUCGUCUGGUAUGCUCGUUGCAACCAUUAUCCUUCAAUUCUGGUGGUCCAUCGAUGCCCAAGCACACUCCAAGACUACGCAAAACAACACCUGAAUCAAACGAUACGGGACCAGCCAUCAAUAUUCAUGGCACUAACUCACCAUUUGGCAGCUCUAGUCAUCCUGCAGCACCUGGCAUGCCAAUCUCACCCCGUCGUCGUCUCGGACACCCAAAUGCAGCAGCAUACCACCUGCCUGAGAUAAGCGCUCCUCCACGUCCUCCUCCAAAACCAAAAGCAAAGCCUGUACAUGAGUCUCCAUACCCAGUCUUUUGGGUAGAGGUAUUCGAUGAGGCACACCAGAAAUGGCUCCCUGUCGACCCUCUCGUCACAGAAACGAUAGCUAAGCCAUCCAAAAUCGAACCUCCAGCUUCCGAUCGAGAGAAUAACAUGUCAUAUGUGAUAGCUUUCGAAGAAGAGCGUUGUGCUCGCGACGUCACAAGACGCUACACUAAAGCCUACGUUGCGAAGACAAGAAAGAACAGGGUAGAUUCUACGCCUGGAGGAGACAGAUGGUGGCGUAAAGCCAUGAGACCAUUCAAGCGAGGCUUUACAAGUGACGCAGACCAGAUCGAAGACACGGAACUUUCGAAAAAGGAGGCAAAUGAACCGAUGCCAUCGAACAUCGCGGAUUUCAAAGACCACCCAAUAUAUGCAUUGGAGCGCCACCUCAAACGGAACGAGAUUCUAGUCGGUGACCAUUCGUGCGGCAAGGUCGCAGCUGGGCGAGAUCCCAGCGUGCCUGGAGGCAAGAAGCUCGAAAGCGUCUUCAGGAGGCAAUAUGUUAAGGUUGCGAAGAGUGCUGAUGCGUGGUAUCGGCUCGGUAGAGAAGUGAAGAUAGGCGAGCAACCUGUUAAAAACGUUCCUGCGAAGCGGCGGCCAGACGACUUUGAUGAUGACCUAUACGAGCCGCCGCCAGUAGUCAAUGGUCGAGUACCAAAGAACUCGUAUGGCAAUAUAGAUAUCUACGUUCCCUCAAUGGUGCCAAGGGGAGGUGUCCAUAUUCUCGAUAACGAAACCUCACGCGCAGCACGCCUGCUGAGCAUUGACUACUCCGAUGCCUUGACAGGAUUUGAAUUUCGUGGCCGCCACGGAACAGCGGUUCUUAAAGGCGCCGUAGUCGCAGCCGAAUAUCGCGAGGCAGUCGAAGCCGUGAUUGAUGGCUUCCGAGACGAACGAGCUAGUGCUGAGGAGUUCAGACGCACAAAUGCGGCAGUGAGAAUGUGGAAGCAGUUCUUCCUAAAGCUGAGGAUUAAAGAGAGGGUUGAUGCUUAUGCGGAUGAUGAAGAAGUGUUAGAAGAGGACGUGGAAUCUUUUCGGGUUGAUGAUGAGGGGGAUAAGGAUAGCGACGAAUAUGUUAGUGAGUAUGGCGGUGGGUUUAUUCCUGAAUAG